AUGAGCAGCGGCGGCAGCAGCACGGCGGGCCCCGCGGCGCGGCUGUGCCGCCUGGAGCGGGGGCCGGACGGCUACGGCUUCCACCUGCACGGCGAGAAGGGCAAGCCGGGCCAGUUCAUCCGGCUGGUGGAGGCGGGCUCGCCGGCCGAGCGCUCGGGGCUGCGGGCCGGGGACCGGCUGCUGGAGGUGGACGGCGAGAACGUGGAGCGGGAGAGCCAUCAGCAGGUGGUGGAGCGCAUCCGCGCCGCCGCCGGUGCCGUCAGCCUCCUCGUCGUGGACCCGCUGGCCGACGAGCAGCUGCAGAAGCGGGGCGGGCCGGGGACCGAGCCCCCCGCCAGCGAGACCCAGCUUUCCCACAGGCUCUCCCCGUUGCAGGAGGAACUGCGGCCCCGGCUCUGCUGCAUGAAGAAGGGUCCCAAUGGCUACGGCUUCAACCUGCACAGCGACAAGAGCCGCCCAGGGCAGUACGUGCGUGCCAUCGACCCCGAUUCACCGGCUGAGGCGGCGGGGCUGGCCCCCCAGGACCGCAUCAUCGAGGUGAACGGGGUGUGCAUGGAGGGCAAGCAGCAUGCCGAUGUGGUGGCAGCCAUCAAGGCGGGCGGUGAUGAGACCAGGCUGCUGGUGGUGGAUGUCCUCACGGAUGAGUUCUUCAAGAAGUGCAAGGUGGUGCCCUCGGAGGAGCACCUGGCAGGUCCCUUGCCAGAACCAGUUGCCAAUGGUGAUCUAGGGAAGGAAAAUGGUGGAGACUCACAGUCCAACUCAGUGUCCGAGAGCCCGUCCAGUCCCGGGCUGCUGGCUGUGUCCCCCGAUUCUGGAGAGACCCACAGCGAGCCUGACAUGCAGGAGGGUGACAAGCGCCAUUCAGCAUCCGGCUCCCUCCUCGACCUUGACAUCCCGCUGGCCGUGGCCAAGGAACGGGCACACCAGAAGCGUACCAGCAAGCGGGCACCCCAGAUGGACUGGAGCAAGAAAAAUGAACUGUUCAGCAACCUGUGAAGGCCCCAGGGCAGGGGUGAGGGUCCGCUGCCCGCCCCCCCAGCCUUGCACCCACCUCUCCUGCAUCCCCCUCCUCCCUGCCACAGGGUCCCAGCGGGGAUGCAGGGCUGCUCCCCACCACCUUGACCUGAGCAAUGGGGCUCAGUGGCCAGCAAGCAUCCCUGCAGCAGGGUCCUGGGUGGUAGUUUUAGGCUAGAGAGAGCUGGGGGGGGGUGCCCCCUCCCGUGAGUCCAUCCCCAGGGUGCUCCUCCAGACCAGCCUUGAAGCCCUGUGCACCCUGGUAGGCACAAGCAGGGGUUCAGGGAGGGGGAGUCAA